CUCAGGCCUAUCGGACCCGAUGACCGCAGCGCCGGACCCAUCCUCGAGUCUCCGAGUCUCUCACCCAACGCCCGCCAUAGAUCUUUAUUCGUCCCGACCACCCUCUCGUUUGGUCUCUCAUUUGGUUCUCAUUCAAUGUCAUUCUUCCUAUCACAGAGCAUAUCACAGAGCACGUGGUCGAUUUCUAUACCGUCCUAACUAUGCCUGCCCCAUCGCUGAAACACCUGGCAACAGCCACGGCAAUCAAGCAUGUGAAGUUGCUGACCGAUGUCGGGAACCUCCCGUAUGCCCUCGCUCGUCCGAUCCUAAUGAAAGUCGACAAUCCAGAAAAGCUGCAUUCAAUGGAACUCCUAUCCCCCCACCUCGCCGAAGAAGAUCAAGAAAUUUGGCUCGAAUUAAUCAAACGUGACAUCCCGCGAUGGAACACCUACGAUAUCCCCACACACACCAACCGCUGGUACGAAAUCUAUUGUGACCUUCAAGCCGAAGUCCAACGUGAACUCGAUGCCGAUGCCGCAAAAAUGAAAAUGGCCAUCGACGGAAUCAAAUCCGAGCGUGCCCAGCUCCAGCCAAAGGUCGUGAGCCAAUUGCCAAGGGGAGUACGUGCAUCCCGCCCACGCAUGGCUCCAAGAGGAGUCUAUGUACCACGGUCGGGUGGUCUUCUGGCACCGGAAGCAAAGAAGAAGGCGGCAAUUUUUGCGCCGCAGAGGAGGAAUGCGGCGUUGGCGGUACCGACGAAGCAUCUCAGUACGAGGGCGACACAGAUCAAGAAGGCGCCAAGGUCAUUGAUUGAGGAGCAUCGGCGGCCAGUGGAGCAAGCUGUAUCGAGGCGUGAAAAUCAGAGUAUCGUUCCGGGCCGUUUGCCCGUUCCUGGGAGAGCUGGGUCUGCGUCUUCGUCUACUUCUGCUCGUCUAGGCUCUGAUCUCCGGGUUUCGUCUUCACUGGCGGAGCGGGAGGCGAGACUGAAAGCCAUUGCAUCGGGCAAGCCAUUGCCACCAAAGACAUUGCCUUCGUCUCCUGCUGCUGCUGCCACGGCUACCACACCUAAUCCUCAUGGCUCUCCACCCACGGCCCAGGAAGCUCCAUCGCCAGUCAAAAGAGCUAUCCCCAAGCGCAGAGCUACCUCUCCACCUCCUCAGACCCACUCACCCUCACCAUCCCAGCCAUCGAUUGUCGAUAGCCCUUCUGGUGGUAGACCAGAUAGUACUUCCGAGCCCGCCGCCCGUCCAGCCAUUGUCCGGAAACGACCAGAAGUCGAUAUUUUCCUUCGACCCAAGAAGAGGCGGGUCGCCUAAUAAUUGCCUUCUUAGCGUUGUCUUCAAUUUAGCGUGUCUUUCUUGUUCAUGACAUUCAUCCUUAUUCUGCUUGGUCUGUUGGCCACCAACGUGUGUACAUGAUGCAUUUUUUCUAGGCGUUCAACAGGAUGGUACGGGAAUUGGACAUAGACUCGGGAAUUGGAUAUGGGGAUUAUCAGGUCUUUGACCGUUACCUUUUAAAUUCGGACUCCGGGAAGACGUCCAUGAACUCAAAUCGCUGGAGUAUAUGAGUUCCGAAACAAGAUACAGCACUUGCACGGCCCACUACUCUACUCAUCCAAAGCUUUUAAGAAGCCAUGAACAUACCGCCGCCCACGAUAUGCCGGUACUCGGAAGAAAUUAAAAAGGCACGAUUUGAUUGCAAAUGGCUCUGCGCGGACGCAGCACCUCAAUUUUGAAUCACAUUGCUCGAAGUAAAAUGGUAUCUUAACAGGGAGGGGGGGGAACAACUCGUUACAUCGCAUCGCAUCCACCACGCAGGGCGAGCACAAGGUGAAGCGUGGCGCCACCCUCGAGGUUGUAUUCAGCCGCCGUCUUGUCGUCCGCCCUAGCAAUAACAAGAAAAGGACAGGUUAACCGGGCGAUCUCAAACGGGCGGCUGAAGAGCUAGCUCUUUAUGUAUGGGAAACGGAGAUAGGGACGUACAUUUGCUUGCCGCCGAAUAUGAGUCGCUGCUGGACCGGGGGGAUACCCUCCUUCUCCUCGACGCGCUCCUUUAUCCGAGAG